AUGGAAUAUGAAGAUAUUAGUAAAGGACGUGGUGCUGCUCGGAGUAUUCCUCAAUGGGGGACUCGAAACAUAUUGCAUGUUUCGUUUGAUCUUGAGUGGAAGCUAGAGUUAAAGCGAAUGCAUCACUGUUUAGUUCACAGCUUGGAAUUACAGCACGAAAUGGAAAAAAAGUUCCUCUUAUACAUGUCCUACAUGGAAUGA